GUCUCCAGUGUUGCAAGCCUCGUCAGGAUUGAUCAAGAAAUAAUUAUAUCAAGAUCUAGAAGCUAGGGCAAAGGAUGUCCAGUCGCGGAGUGUCUAGUGCUGGAGGCAGUUCCCUCAAUGCGAGCGCUAGCAGUCUUCUGGCCAUGCGCAGCAGCUCUAUGGAGAGCCUGGAGAGUACCAUGUCCACCACUGAGAGUAUUAUAGAGGCUGAUCGUAACAGGCUACUGACUGUCCUGCAGGAGAAUGCAGUGCUCAAGUCUGAGAUAGAAGUGUAUCGUCUCAAGGUCAAGAGCCUCACAGAAGACAACAGGAGACUCCGACAAGCCAGUGUUAAUAUACAAGCACAGGCUGAGCAAGAGGAGGAAUUCAUUUCCAACACCCUUCUCAAGAAGAUUCACUCUCUAAAGAAAGAGAAAGAGACGCUGGCCAUGAACUAUGAGCAAGAAGAGGAGUUCCUUACUAAUGACCUCUCUAGGAAGCUUGCUCAGCUUCGACAGGAAAAAGUUCAGUUGGAGAAGACGUUGGAACUAGAGCAAGAGCAGCAGAUCUCAAAGCUCACUAGGAAGAUAGACAGACUGGAAAAAGACGUGCUGACUAAACAAUUCAGCCUAGACCAGCUUCGUCGUGAGAAGAUUGACCUUGAGAACACACUGGAGCAAGAACAAGAGAUGCUGGUCAACAAACUAUGGAAGAAGAUGGAGAAAGUGGAGAGAGAGAAGCGUGAUCUCGAGGGUAGACUAGGUGCCACUCCCCCACCCUCCCCUAAUGACAAGAACAGUCCAGCCUUCCUCAACACACGCAUCCUCCAACUAUCAGAGACAGUCUCUAUGUUGAGACAGCAGCUAGAGAAAACAGACGCUAAGAACUUGGACAAGAUCCAACAGAUUGUGGAGGAGGAAAGAGCUCUCAAAGAGGAGAACGUUAAACUGCAGCGGAGGCUACAAAGGGAAAAACAGAGGAGAGAGGAUCUCACACGACAGCUAUCAGAGAGUGAAUCAUCUCUGGAGAUGGAAGAUGAAAGACACUUUAAUGAGAUGACAGCAUCGCGAGGUCCACUUCCUCCCAGUAGCCCCUCCCCUUACUCCCCCUCCCCCACCCGACGCUCUGUCUCCCCCGCUCUCCUGGUAUCAACGUUUGCCCCCCCAGCCCCUGUUGUUAGGACUCGUACUGCCAGCUAUGGCUCUGGUGGCUCGUACAGCAGCAUGGCCUCUGCCUCUACCUCAGCACUGCCCCCACAACCACCACCCAGUAUCUCUCAUAGAUUGCGUGCUCAGAGCAGUGGAUCAGCAGCAGCCAGGGAGAGACCUACCACUAGAUAGCAUGGACUCUCUAGAAUAGUGUGUCUGUGUUCAAUUGUGUUGUGUAUUGUGUGUAAGCUGAUUUAAUAUUAACUUCAACACAUCUGGUAAUGAUCGUUACAUUAAAACUGUUAAUUUGGUCUAUGCAGA